AUGGGAAUCCAGGGCUUGUUGCCACUUUUAAAAUCAAUUGAAAAACCUGUUCAUCUUAAGGAUUAUGCAGGACAAACCCUUGCUGUUGAUGGAUAUGUUUGGCUACACAGGGGCGCAUUUGCUUGUGCACAAGAGCUAUGCCUUGGUCAGACUACCCAUAAAUAUGUCACAUACUUUAUGCGCAGGAUUGAAAUGUUUAAGUUCUUUGGCGUGAAGCCCUAUGUUGUUUUCGAUGGGGGAUACUUGCCUUCCAAGGCGGUUACGGAAAAAGAUCGAUUAGCCCGUCGAGAGGAGAGUAAAAAACAGGCCAUGGAGCUUCUUCGGGCAGGAAAAUCGAAACAGGCAUUGGAGCAAUUUCGGAAGUGUGUUGACGUAACGCCAGAAAUGGCCUUUGCGGUGAUUCAAGCCCUGGAAGCAGCGCGUGUAGACUUUAUAGUUGCCCCAUAUGAGGCUGACGCACAAAUGGCAUACUUGGAGAAGAGUGGUUUGGUUGAUGGAAUUGUCACGGAGGACUCGGACUUGCUCGUCUUUGGUUGUAAAAAAGUCAUCUUUAAGAUGGAUCAGUAUGGGGCAGGAGUUGAGAUUCUUAGCAAAAACUUCAGUUUAGUUCAGGAUAUUUCUUUUCACAAUUGGACAAUGACUGAAAUUCGCCAUAUGUGUAUCCUAGCAGGCUGCGAUUAUCUACCUUCGAUCUCAGGAAUGGGCAUCAAAACUGCACAGCGGCUUCUUCGACGUUUCAAAACGUUUGACAGGACAAUUAAACAUAUUAGGAUGGAGAAUACCAGCGCUAAGAUCCAGUCAGACUAUGAGGGUGCAUUUCGAAAAGCGGAGCUGACAUUUCUUUACGCAAGAGUCUAUGAUCCUAUCACUAAAUCCAUGGUGCAUCUGAGCCCAGUGCCAGAAGAGCUCCAAGAACUCUUCCAGACCGAAGAAUACGAUUUUCUUGGGCCGUAA